AGUUUGUAAAUAUUACGCUAACACCUUCACAACAAAAAUUCUAAUUUGUUUUUUAUAUUAUGUAACUUUAAAAAAAACUCACAACACAGUAAUGUUGAGAUUUGUUGUGGAAGAAUAAACUUCUAUUUCUUUGAAAUUUCAUUUCUGUGGAAACAGAAUAAAAAUGGAAUCUAAAGGUGGUACCUUUGAGUUUGACCCAUACACAUACAAAGGAUCGCCAAAUGUUGAGUUAUCAGAUGGCUAUACUACCGUUGUUAUCAGCUUCUUUGUUUUCCUUGCAAUCAACCUGGCAGCCGUCAAAAUUGGCCCACCAAAGAACUUUACAGGAGAUGUGUGGCGAUGGAGGAAUACUUUCGUAUCUUGGCUACACGCAGACAUUGUGGGCGUUGGAGUACUUUACUGUUUGUUGUUUAAACCAGAAAUUUCAACAGAUUUGAUACUAUACUGUGACACUUAUAUAUACACCUUAUUAUCCUUCUCUAUGGGAUAUUUUGUGUAUGAUGUAUUUGAUCAUGCUGUCAAUAACAAACUGGUUAGUAACUAUGAGGUGAUUCUACAUCAUAUUGGGGUUGUAUGGUCAUUCGGUUACAACAUACAAUACAAGGUGAAUGUUCCUUACACGAUCAUAGCCCUAAUGACAGAAAUCAACAGUAUAUUCCUGCAUGCCCGUAAACUUAUGCAGUUUGACAAAUGGCCGUUUGACCACUGGUUGUAUAAGAUGGUAGUAUGGCUGAACUUCAUCACGUUUAUAAGAUUCCGGAUAUGGGGCGUCAUUCUGAUUGGUUGGGGUAUCUAUACUGAAUGGGAUAGACUGACACUUGUGUACCAUAUAUUUAUUGUUAGUACAAUGUUUGUCAUGUAUCUUAUAAACCCGAUUUUGUUUUGGAGACUUUUGAAAAAUGACAUUUUACGACAAUUUCGCUCAAAAGAUAAAAAUGAAAAGUUGUCAAUGAAUGGAAAUCAUGGUAAAAUUGUAAAUGGAGAAUGUCACCAGACAUAGUGAAUAGUAAAUGUCACCAGGUCAAGUUUAAUGAUGAAUGGCAUGUAGUUAAUGGUAAAUGUCACCAGGUCAAGUUUAAUGAUGAAUGGCAUGUAGUAAAUGGUAAAUGUCACCAGGUCAAGUUUAAUGAUGAAUGGCAUGUAGUAAAUGGUAAAUGUCACCAGGUCAAGUUUAAUGAUGAAUGGCAUGUAGUAAAUGGUAAAUGUCACCAGGUCAAGUUUAAUGAUGAAUGGCAUGUAGUUAAUGGUAAAUUUCACUAGAUAUUUAGUGGUAUAUGUAAGUGGUAUAUAAAUGUAUAUUACCAGACCUAGUUAAUAGUGAAUGUCACCAUUCUCUGUUUUAUAACGAAAUGGGAUUUUUAUAUGUAAACAUGUGAUUUCUGUUAAGAUACUUAAGUGAUAUAAAACCAUUGGUAUGUUAAUAUUCAUAUAGAUUUAGACACAUUAUAUGGCCUAGCAUGGUUGUAAGCUUAUAAAGCCCAAACAGCUACGUGAGGGUUAUAUGAUUUGAACAACCUUUCAUACAUGUCCAUAGAAUUAUUUUUUUAUGUCUUAAAGUGGAUUGGUCUACAAAAGGCACAUUUUUUCCAUUAGUGUUUCAAAUAUUGAUAAAAAAAACAAAAGAAAUGUGUCAUUCUGAUAGUCUUGUAAAGUAUUGCAGGGAAUAAAUGUUCAUAGAUUUGCAAGUGAUUGAGUAUGAGUAUUCAUGAAAUGAAUAAUAAUAUUCUGGUCAAGAAAUACUUUAUUGUCUGCUAUGUAAAGAUAUGUAAUUUCGGAUCAUAAAUCUUGAACUUGCAAACGAAAUCUAUAUAAAAUUAUUUUGUGGUUUGUUGUUAUGUCAGAUACUAAAUUGUAUCAAAGUAAUUACUAGUAUUUAUUGUAUUACAAACCUUCCAUUAUAGAGCAGUUCACUUAAAUAACUAUUAUGUUUUUACUGCAUAGUGGUUGUUUUAGUUUUACUAGGGUGUCCUAACUCAAAAUAAAGCAUGGAGAUAUACCCAAAUUCUUCCCCUCCAGAAAAGUUAGAAAAUCACAAGCAGUGUUUGUGUGACUUGAAACCAAUGAAAACUGACAUGUUAUAUUUGAGCCGUGUCAUGACAAAACCAACAUAGUACAUUGCGACCAGCAUGAUUUGAUUUGAGCUAGAUUUGAGUGAAAAGCAUUGUAACGCUUCUCAAUUUUGGUUCACUUUCCACAAUUAGAAUAAUUAUUCUGGAAAAACGAAGAAAGCAAAUGAUCUGAAAUUUUGCACACAAGUUAUUGGUCUAGACCUACAUCAGAUGGAACAUUUAUCUUAAAAAAUAUAUUUCCAGUCCAGUCAUGUCAAAAAAAUAACUCAGUAAAGAAGAGUUAGGAUUACAGUUAUAAUUUAUAAAAUUGAUAUUCAAAUUUAUUUCAAAACAAACUGAUUUUUUUUUCAGCCAUUCAAAUAUGUAAUUUUUGGCCUAAUCAUUUAAUUAUGUAGUAGAUAUAAGCCGAAAACUGUCCAAUAUGUCAAAUAUUGAAUUUCAUGAGGCGCGUAGCGCCGAGGGGAAUUCAAUAUUUUACUUAUUGGUCAGUUUGAGGCUUAUAUCUUACUUAAAUUACUACUUUUACUAUCAAAUAUCAUGUUAUCCAUCGAAAAAUUAGACAUUAUGUUUCUUGUGCUAAAAAUGUACAAUUUUAUGCUUUAGUAAUUAUUUAAUCUUACCUGCAAAACCCUAUAGAGAGCCUCCAAAAUAACAAAAUGUCCGAAGCAUGAAAAUUUCGUGUUUUGAAAUAAGACCAAUUAUGUACAAAUGUUGGAUUACACACAUACAGUUACAUAAAUUUGUACAUUCGAGAUUUUUACAAGAAAUAGUAAAAAUAAAAGUUUUCAAAUUUGUGUUAAAUCUUGGAUAUUUUGAAUGCUUGACUGAGAUGACUUUAUGGAUUCUUAUUUUCUCUAUUUUAUUACUUUUAGGAAGGAUUUUUACUGACCAUUAAGUGUUAAAAAUGAUAUUUUUAUUUUUCAUAUGACAACAGCUAUCACAGAUGUAAAAUGUUGUGUUAAAAUGACCAUUAGGGUUAAUUUUGGAUAUUUACGCAACGAAAUGAGAUUUUCUUAUUUUUUGAAUUGAUAUUUGUCAUACCACAGGGGUCUUGAAUCGUUUAUAUAAGUCAAACAUAUAUGCAAUCAAAAAUAACAGAUUUUGUUUUGAAAAGAUGAAUUUAUUUUCUCUAUAAUUUCAUCUAUCUGAAAAGCUGAUCAUUACACUUAUUUGAAAAGUUGACCUUACUGAAACAGUACGUACAUACAAUGAAUCAAAUCAAGUAUAAUUGUCAAUUAAAAUACAUGUAAAAAGAAAAAACGGACAAUAGGCAAGAAUUAACAAUCCCAUUAAAAUCAUAUCUUAACUGACUUUCACUACGGAAGCGUAAACAGUAUAAAAUAAUUUUAAGAGCUUGGAGAUCGAAAACCAGUAGGCUUGAAAAUAGAAUUCGUGAAAUGAGCAAUGAAAUCAUGGACAGAUAACAAAUUAUUGUUCUUUUAGUAAAAUUCUGUAAAAUACGUAAUGGGCAAAGGAAAAACGUUGCAUUACUCGUGUUAACUUACAUUUUAUUUAAUAUUUUAUUCUUUCUUUAAUUUUGAUGAUUUUCCACAAAAUCCUGUGGUCAUUGAAGCUUCUUUCAUUAUAAUGUGUUACACAAUAUAAUUGGACUUACACGUUAAUAUUGGACACCUACCUGUACUGUAUUAAAAAUACAGUACGUUCAGAACAAAGGAAUGACGUCACAGAAGUAAUUUAAGAUGCCAUAUACUUAUUGAAUUUUUUUUGGUGAAAUUGAAUGUUGUAAUGAUUUUUAAAAUUGUAUAAGAUAUCUAUUUUUAUAAUACCUAAAAUGUACUUUUGUUGUGUAAUCUAUUUGAUAUUUAUUAUUACUAUAAUGGCCUGCUUUUCUAACAUUAUCUAAUCUUAUUUUUAUCUCUACUGUUACAAAUGAUAUAUUUUAAUUUAAGUAUGUAUUAUUGUACUUCUGUAGAAUUAUUUUAAUUAUUUCCUAUGUUUUGUUUUUAAAUAUUUAAAAGAAAUAAAAACAAACAAAUACAUUUGACCCUAUCCGUGCUAAAUGGAUUAAAGCAUAUACAAAAUUAUUUUAUCAUUUUGAAGAAAAUAUGAAAAUUAUGUACAGACUUAGAAGUGAAUAGUGCAAGUCAUGAUAACAUAGAACAAGUAAAAUUUAUUGCCACCAUUUUGCAGUUAUCAAUUUUACCUAUAAUACAAGUGCAGACCAUACUUUCCAAUCAUGGUCUUCACUGUCCACUAUUCAGUCAGUACAUAUUUUGAAAUUUCCCCCGCAAAUGAUGAAUGGUUCAGUCCAGAUUGAAAUAUGGGCCAGUCCAUUUAAGAUAUUUAGUGGGAUAAGGGUUAAGGGUCAUAUUAAGUUCACUUCUAUGGCUAACAAAUAUGUAGAGUUUUUACCAUACAUGAUUGUGUGAUAUUAUCAGAAAUUUGAGAUAAUUUUUAUAUCCUGUAAAUUUUGCCAAAGUUUAUUUAUUUGUUCUUUGGAAAUCAAUUAAUUCAGUGAUUAGUUAAACCAAUUAAUUUAAUGAUUAGUUAAACCAAUCAAUUUAGUUAUUAGUUAAACCAAUUUUUUUAAUCAUAAGUUGAUAUCAUGGUAACUAGUUACACAUACUAUGUACUCUUAAGUGAACUUCAUGAAUGUGUUCAUUCUCAUUUUAUGUAUAAAUAAUCAAAAUCAUUUUUCCUGUCCGCCAAUUUUUGUUUGAAAUCUUAUAAAGUUGAUACAGCUAUUAUUUCUUGCGUAAUAUUCAAUCUUUGGUGUAUAGCUAUAUUUUCAAUGCAGUUUAGCUAUAAUUUUUUGCCAAUAAUCUUAAUUUUGUUCAAAUAAUAUUUCUGUUCUGAAUAAUCAGUACUGUGUAUAACUGCUUUUUUAGCUCACCUAAGCACAAAAUCUUCAAGGUGAGCUUUUGUGAUCACAAUUUAUCCGGAGUCAAUCGUUCAUCAGUGCGUCUGUUGUCAACUUUUUUCAAACAACUUCUGCUCUUAAAUCAUUAGGUCAAAUUUUAUGGUAUUUCCCUGGGAUGUUCCUGGCAUAAAGUUAAUAAUAAUAAAGACUUAAACAUAGUUAGGCAUGCUCAGUCUUCCCUAUGAGCCUCUAUCAAAUAUACAAAUGUACAUAAUGUAAAUAUUUACAAACAAAACAAAUUUACAAAUACAAUGUAGUUAAGAAACAUAUAAAAUGAAAAUCUUUAGAAAAAACAUUAUAUAAAAAUAUAAACAUUGCAAGUAAGAUAUCCAUUUAUCAUUUUAUAUGUGGAGCCUUGCUAAUCCGAACCCUUCAAAUCCGGAAUCCUUUCUUUUCCGAACAAAGUGUCCGGUCCCGAUUUUAUUCAUUCUAUUUUCAAUACUAAAAAACCUUUCGGAUCCGGAACCUGUCUACUCCGAAUUCCGGACGAUUUUUUCAAUUUUUGUUCUUAUUUUACUCUAAAAUUUACCUCUCGGAUCCGAACAGAUUUUGCCAAAUGUCACACUUUCAUUCAAAAUAACAAAUAAUCGCUCAUCUUGCAGGUGUAAACAUAAACCAAACUGAUAACGAUAGACAAAUGCUGGUACAAAUAUCUUAUCAUGUCUCGGCCUUCUGUUUAACAUCGUAGGUUAACUUACCCCUGAAGACAUAAUAUUUUUGCUUAUUCAUUUAUUUUAUUUCUUUAUUUAUGUAUUCAUGGAAUUUUUCUUAAAUGUAUAUUUAUAUUGUAAAAAUUUAUAAUGAUUACUAAAGUCAGGUGAGCGAUAAAAGGGCCAUUAUGGCCCUCUUGUUUUUUUUUUAGUUGUUCUUUUUUUGUCUGAAUAAUGUAGUGUUCUGGAAAUCACUUCUUGUUACAAAAACUAUUACGCAGCUAUUAUCUUUUCAAAACAAUUAGGUGUUGUACACAGCUAGUAGGCUAUUUCUUUCCAAAAUGUAGAGGUCCAAAUCAAAUUCUGAAUGAAAAAUUCCAAAACAAUUUGCUGGUUUAUACUGCUAUUAUUUCUUUCUUAAGCAAUUUGGUAUUGUACACAGUUAUCAUUUGAGCUGUGUCAUGACAAAACCAACAUAAUGGGUUUGCGACCAUCAUGGAUCCAGACCAGCCUGCGCAUCCGCACAGUCUGAUCAGGAUCCAUACUGUUCGCUAUCAGUCUCUCUACUUGUUAUAGGGUUUGUAAGCGAACAGCAUGGAUCCUGAUCAGACUGCGCGGAUGUGCAGGCUGGUCUGGAUCCAUGCUGGUCGCAAAUCCAUUGUGUUGGUUUUGUCAUGACACGGCUCAUUUGUUUACUAAUAUGGUGCUGUCAGCAAUUAUUUCUUGCCUUAAUCAUUUUGAUGUUGUUUGCAGUUUUUAUUUUGAUAAUUUAUUUCUUCUCCUUAUAAUUUUGGUGUUGUGCUACAAUUGUUUCCUGUUUAAAGAAUUAAAUGGUUGAUGUGACUAUUAUUUUAUUACCCAGUUAUGUGGUAGUAAAGGAGUACAUCAUGUGCGAGUAUGAAAGUUUUAAUUCAGACAUAAAUUCAGACUUUGUGUUUUGUAGUUUGUUUAAAUGUGUUCAGUUUUUGCAAUGUUUGCUCUAUCAUUUUAUCAGUGAAGUGAUAUCAAGCUAGUCACAAUUUUGAACCAUUGUAUCUUCAAACAUACAAGCCUGUCUUUAAGAAUUAUGUUUUUGUUGCUUCUGUGACCUUAUGUCAAAGGUUGCUAAGGCAGACCUGAAUAAAAAAAAUAAUUCUAGUUUCCAUAAUGACUUUUUUUUUUAAUUUUCAAUAUAAUCUAGGUAUAAGCUAUUUAUCAUUGGUGACUGUGUUCAAAUUUUUUCACUAUCAGCUAACAGAUAUGUAAACAUGCUCAUUUUGUUAAUGAUAAUUCAGGCUUCCUUGAGUGAAUUAAUUUGUGUGUAUAUAUUUCAAUUAAUGCAAAGUAUAUGUAAUUUUUAAAGAUGAUUUUUGAUAUACCCCUCUGUGCCAAGCUUUCAAUCGCUAGAUUUGUAACAGUUUGAUGUGAAUUUCAUUCAUUGUUAGAUCUAUUUGGUAUCUUUGUAAAUCAAGAGUUACCUCCUCUUUUUCCAAAUAUCUUUGUAGUCAGUAGUUACCUCCCCUGUUAUAUGCAUUUUUUGAUAGCUCUUGUUAUAGAUUUAUUACCUCUUGUGUAUGUGUUUUAUAUUAUUGUGUGUGUUUUCAACAUUCCAUUAAACUUACUUUUUCAAUACACUGUUUAAAUUUUUGUUAAAGCAAGAUUUUUUAAGAAAAAAAAAGUAAUUUGUCUUUGAAAAUUUUCUGAUACAAAAAUCAAGUGAAAUAAUAAACAUCAGUGUGGCAGCUGUUAUGGUAUUUAUCUUAUACACAUGACUGAAAGCAGGAUAAUAUUUAUAAAAAAACUCACAAUAACACUGCUACAAAAAACAAAAAUCACAAAUCCACACAAUAACACUGCUACAAAAAACACAAAUCCACACAAUAACACUGCUACAAAAAACAAAAAUCACAAAUCCACACAAUAACACUGCUACAAAAAACAAAAAUCACAAAUCCACACAAUAACACUGCUACAAAAAACAAAAAUCACAAAUCCACACAAUAACACUGCUACAAAAAACAAAAAUCACAAAUCCACACAAUAACACUGCUACAAAAAACAAAAAUCACAAAUCCACACAAUAACACUGCUACAAAAAACAAAAAUCACAAAUCCACACUAUAACACUGCUACAAAAAACAAAAACCACAAAUCCACACAAUAACACUGCUACAAAUAACAAAAAUCACAAAUCCAAAAUAAGAACUAUUUAUUGUAAAAAGGAACCGCUUUUCUUAGACAUGUCUUGUGUAACACUAACAUUUAGCAUGUCUUUACACAAUGUAUGUAUUACAUGAAUGGUGUCAUAAAAUUUUAUGCAAGGCCAUGCAUUACUGUUUUUAUGGAGUUGCAAAAGUGGCAUGUGAUGAAUAUAUUAAUUAUUUUUAUCAUUAUUAAGAAAAAAAUUAGAACUGAUAGUAUGCAUAUUAUUAUUUAAGUUAUCAUAAUUAUAGCAUUACUGAAAAAUUUGUCACCAAAUCGUAUAUUCUUACCAUAAAUUAUACUGUGUUAUGCUUUAAAUUUGCGGUGUCAAAAUUUUGCAUUUUUUGUCCAAAAGUUGUAUUUUUUUACAUAUUUAUGAAUUUGUGUCAUAAUUAUGUUCAAAACUGGUUGCUGGGUAAAAUAAGAUAUUCACAGUUUUGAGCUUACAUAUUUAUAUACAAUAACUGUGAAUAGAAUUUGAUAUGUGAAUAAUAACAAAAAAAAAACAAGAAAAAAAAACACUAAUAAAACGAGUUCUACAGUAUGUAAAUGUACUACUUUCAGUAUGUUUUAUAAAUUUUGAUAUUUUAAGCCCAGUGAUUGAGGUGUGCAUGUGUCACUAUCCGAUUAUGUGGCCCCAGCUUUGCCGUGUGCAAAAUGCGCAGCGCUUAUAAGUUUGGGAACCACAUAAUCGGAUAGCUUCGUUCAUAGCCCAUUGAAUUUAUCGAAAGUUUUUGUCGUUGAAAAAAACGGCGAGAAUAUUGAUGUUUAUUUCGGCUGUUGCGUUGUUUAUAUUACCGUUGAAGUUUAAAAUUGACCAUCAUCGUGAAGAAUUAUAUCUUCUGUGUCGAUGGACCAAAGGAUUAUGUGAAAAUAUUGGAAAUGGAUUAAAAUACAUGGUGAUUAUGACGGUAGGGGUGCGGAUUUUUUCCGGCUAACAUUUUUAUCUUGUGUAUUAUUAUAGAUGUUGAAAUAUGAUUUUUUUUCAAAACGGAUAUAUUAAGAUUUUUUUAUAUAUAUGAUCAGUACAUGUCCUGGGAUUGACAAAUAUGCAUUUUAUUUGGAUUUUAAAGGCGUUUUGAGCUCCAAACCCCAAGCGUCUGUGUGACAGUCAUGUUUACUAUCAAAAUAUAAUAACAUUUCAAAAGGGCAGAUAGUCCUAAAAUUCAUUUUUGCAAAGUUAUGCCCCCUUUUUACUUAUUUUUUUCUUCCUAGGCCAAUUUCUCAAUAUGAAUAACAGUGGAAAGUUUAUCACUUCAAACUCUUUUCUCAGUUAUGACCCCUUUUUUACCUUUGAAUUUCUUGGUUAAAGAUACAUUUCUGAAAAAAGUAUCAAAAAUAUUCAUUUUAAAUUUGGGAGUAUUUGUUCACUAUGUAAAUUGAAAUGAAUUUCUACGUGGCAGAUCUUGCUAUUUGUGAGAUCUUACUUAUUUGUUAGUCUGGAGUGUUUUUGUUUUAUUUAUUUGUUAGAUUUAGUUUAGUAAUUUUUUUUUCAGUAAUGUAGAUUUUAUCAUUUACACAUUGAUAGGAAAUACAUUCAAUCUAUGAUGCCUAUGGUAUCAAAUUAGAAUUUCUUUAUAAACAUUUUCUUAAAGGUACAUCUCCAAAAAUCUGUAAAAAGAUUUUCAUUUCAAAGUGAAAAUACUUUUUUAUAAUUUGAAUGCUCAAAAGCAUUUUUGCUUAUUUUUCUCUUUUUGACACGGAAUAUUUUUUUUUUUUUAAAUAUUUUUAUCUGACUUGAAAUAUUUGCACAAAAUCAAGGGCAUGUAAGUCUGCCAAGCAUUUUUUUUAUCAGAAUUGUGCCUAUAUUUUCUAUGUUGCUUCAAUUACACUGUCCAGUUCUGAGAAAAUCAGAGCAUGUUGUCUUUAGACAGGUCUUGUUUGUAUUUUUCACUGCUUUUAUAUUAGAUGUUCUUUUCGUUUUGUCUUUUAAAUUACUAAAUACACCCUACAAGUCUUGUUAUUGUCAAUGUAGUAAUAUUUAUUACAGUGCUUCCUUAUUUAAUAUUGUUGUCAAAAUUAAGCCUAUUUUCAAUUUUUAAAAAGAAAAAUAAAGCCUACUUGUAAAAUGUAUUUUAAGUUGUACCCUAAUUUUUAUUAAAAAUAGAUAUUAUCCAUUUCAAUUUGUACAUGUUAAGAGAUUAUAAUUUAUUUUUAUUAUCAAUUAUUAUUACUAUAUACAAAAGAUUAAAUAUUAUAUAACCACAUUA